CAGUAUGUUUGUCAAAUUUAUUUAUUUUAAAAUUUGUUGAAGAAAUAUUCUUUUGACUUGUAUCAGUUUUCAUUGGAAUAAAUCAAAGGAUUGAUCGAAUAAUUUAUCUCUGCACUGAAGUAGUAACAUGUGGUCACUUUGCUAGCAUCGCAGCAACAAAAACGCGCGAAGAAGUAGCGCGACCACAACACAAAAUUGUUUAGCUCUCUGUUAGUAAACGUAAUAAACGUAGAAAAUAAACAAUAAUAAAUAUGAUGUGUGAAGAUCAACUUAUACCAAUGGAUGUUGCGACACCGCAUAAAGGCGCAGGCAGCCUAAACUCCUCGGCAUCCUCGAUUUCAAUUGAGGCAAAACCGAUGAACAGUUGGGCCCAAGAAGUUCGCGCAGAAUCUGGUCAAAGCGACGAGGCAUCAUCGUCAUUCAAUAGCAGUGCCGGGUCAGCUGCUCAGGUAAAGCGAGAAAUGACAUUUGAAUUUCUAGACGGCAGCAAUGAAGAAAAAUUUGAGCGUCUGGUGAAGGAAGAGAAACUAAAGACGCCAUUCAAGCGACGUCAUUCCGGCACACCGCCAACACAAAGUACUGAGAAUAGUCGUUCCACUAGUCCCAACAGCAGCGAAUCCUCGGUUAAUGGUGAAGUAAACGUGCGUCCCAAACAACAAGCGUCCUUCAAGGGUCACAAAGAGGAGAAGCGUGUGCGCCACAACAGUUAUACAUCGUCGACCUCAUCCUCAUCCUCGUACACCGAGGCAGAUCCUGCGGUAUUAUCGCGUCGCCAGAAGCAAAUUGACUAUGGCAAGAAUACGGCUGCUUAUGAGAGAUACCUGGAAGUGGUGCCCAGAAACGAGCGCGCUCGCGAACAUCCUAAAACACCAAACAAGUUUGGAAAGUACAGCCGACGUGCCUUCGACGGCUUGGUCAAAAUUUGGCGCAAGCAGCUACAUUUCUAUGAUCCCCCGACAGCCGGAACAGCUGCGCAAUCAGGUGAAGACUCGGAUUCAGACUAGAAAACAUUAUGUUGCAUUUGGGGAAUCGGGGAGGGAAGCCUAGCAUUGAAAGUACAAAACCAGGCAAAGUUAAAAGUAAUUAAACAAAAAAAACAAACUCAUUUUUCUAUUAACAUCAUUACCAAAAUACAUUAAGUAGCGUUGAUUACUGCUCGCAGGCAAGUUAUGUUUGUUAUAUUAACAUAAAACUAUGUAAAAUUCAAUAAAAUGGCGUCGUUUUCA